AUGGCUGAGUCGCCCGCGUGGCCGGCCGCGCGCGUGCGUCAGACCUUUAUCGACUUCUUCGCCGAGAGGGGUCAUUCCGUUGUCCCCUCCGGUCCCGUCGUCCCUCACAAUGACCCCUCCCUGCUCUUCACCAAUGCCGGCAUGAACCAGUUCAAGCCCAUCUUCCUCGGAACCGUGGGCAAGACUGAUCCCAUGUACGGCCUGAAGCGUGCCGUCGACUCGCAAAAGGUCAUCCGCGCCGGCGGCAAGCACAACGACCUCGACGACGUCGGCAAGGACAGCUACCACCACACCUUCUUCGAGAUGCUGGGCAGCUGGUCCUUUGGCGACUACUUCAAGAAGGAGAUCGUCGAGAUGUCCUGGACCCUCCUGACAGAGGUCUACGGCCUAGACCCCUCCCGCCUCUACGUCACCUACUUCGAGGGUGCCCCCGACGUCGGCCUCGAGCCCGAUCUCGAGGUCAAGCAGUACUGGCUCGACCAGGGCGUGCCCGAGAGCCAGAUCAUCCCCGGAAACAUGAAGGACAACUUCUGGGAGAUGGGUGACCAGGGCCCCUGCGGACCUUGCAGCGAGAUCCACUACGACAAGGUCGGUGGCCGCGACGCCGCCGGCCUCGUCAACAUGGACGACCCCAUGGUCAUCGAGAUCUGGAACCUCGUCUUCAUGCAGUACGACCGCCAGGCCGACAGGAGCCUCAAGCCCCUGCCCGCCAAGCACAUCGACACCGGUCUGGGCUACGAGCGCCUCGUGUCCGUCAUGCAGGACACCAGCUCCAACUACGCCACCGACGCCUGGACGCCCAUCUUCCAGAAGAUCCACGAGGUUACCGGCGCCCGCCCCUACACGGACAAGUACGACAGGGACGACGCCGACGGCAUCGACAUGGCCUACCGCGUCGUUGCCGAUCACAUCCGUACCCUGGCCUUUGCCAUCGUCGACGGCGCCGUCCCCAACAACGACGGCCGCGGUUACGUUAUCCGCCGCGUCCUCCGCCGCGGUGUCCGCUACGGCCGCAAGUACCUCAACGCCGAUAUCGGAUCCUUCUUCUCCCAGAUCCUGCCCGCCCUCGUAGAGCAGAAGGGCGCCGACUUCCCCGAGCUCGUCAGGAAGCAGCAGGACAUCAAGGAGAUCCUCGACGAGGAGGAAGACGCCUUCUCCCGCACCCUCGACCGCGGCGAGACCCAGUUCGAGAAGUUCGCCGCCAAGGCCUCCAAGGAGGGCUCCAACAAGCUCGCCGGCGAUGUUGUCUGGCGCCUCUACGACACCUUCGGCUUCCCCACCGACCUGACCAAGCUCAUGGCCGAGGAGCGCAACCUCGACAUUGACGAGGCCGAGGUCGAGGCCUCGCGCCAGAAGGCCAAGGAGGCCAGCAAGGUCGUCAAGGACUCGGUCCAGCAGUUCCCCAAGCUGGACGUCCACCUGAUCUCCGAGCUGGAGCGGCAGCUGUCCACUCCGCGCACGGACGACGCUGCCAAAUUUGUCAAGGGCGACAUCAAGGCCAGGAUCCAGCACAUCUUUGACGGGGAGAAGCUCCUCAAGUCGACCCGGGACGUGCCCGAGAACACGGCGCUCGGACUGCUGAUCGACAAGACCAACUUCUACGCCGAGUCCGGCGGCCAGGUUGCCGACACGGGGCGUCUCGUCAUCGACGGCGUUGCCGAGUUCAAGGUCUUGGACGUGCAGAACUACGGCGGCUACAUCCUGCACAGCGGAUACGUCGAGUACGGUGCUCUCUCGCGGGGCGACGAGAUCAUCUGCGAGUACGAGGAGCUCCGCCGCGCGCCCAUCCGCAACAACCACACGGGCACGCACGUGCUCAACCACGCUCUCAGGGACGUCCUCGGCGACGAGGUCAACCAGAAGGGCUCGCUCGUGGACAGCGACAAGCUGCGCUUCGACUUCUCGCACAAGAGCCAGGUCAAGAUUGACGAGCUGCGCAGGAUCGAGCAUCUGUCCAACCAGUACAUCCGCACCAACGCCAAGGUGUACGCCAAGGACCUGGACCUGGACGAGGCCCGCAAGAUCGAGGGCCUCCGCGCCGUCUUCGGCGAGACGUACCCCAACCCGGUGCGCGUCGUCUCCAUCGGCAUGGACCUGGACAGGAUGCUGGCGGACCCGAGCAACGCCGAGUGGCGCAAGUACAGCGUCGAGUUCUGCGGCGGCACGCACGUCGAGCACACCGGCCUGAUCAAGGACCUGGUCAUCGUCGAGGAGAGCGGCAUCGCCAAGGGCAUCCGCCGCAUCAUCGCCUACACCGGCGACGCGGCGCACCAGGUGCAGCGCGAGGCGGCCGAGUUCGCCAAGAAGGUCGACGCCCUCGAGGCCAUGCCGUUCGGCGCCGAGAAGGAGGCCCGGAUCAAGGCCACGUCGCAGGAGCUCAGCCAGCUCGUCGUGUCGGCCCUGACGAAGGACCAGCUCAACCAGCGCUUCCAGAAGAUCGCCACCGACGUCGUCUCGGAGCAGAAGAAGCGCCAGAAGGCCGAGGCCAAGGCGGCCGUCGACGCCGCCGUCAAGCACUUUGACGAGAACAAGGAGGCCAAGUGGUUCAUCGGCCGCCUGCCCAUCGGCGCCAACCCCAAGGCCCUCACCGAGGUGGUCAAGCACUUCCAGAGCAAGAAGAAGGACAAGUCGGUCUACGUCUUUUGCGGUAGCAAGGAGGAGGGUGCCGUAGCUCACGGUGUCUAUGUCGGAACGGACCUCUCCUCCCAGGGAGUCACCGCCGAGGCAUGGGCUGCUUCCGUGUCUGACGUCAUCGGUGGCCGAUCUGGUGGCAAGGAGCCCUCCCGCCAGGGACAGGGUACUAAGCCCGAGGCUAUCGACGACGGUGUCGACACGGCGACUAAGUGGCUCAGCGAGAAGUUGAAGCUGUAG